GAGUGAACAAGAUUGUAUUUGCCUCUCACCGGCAACAUGGAAAUUUCCAGCAGCCUCAAUACAAAGGCGUCAUCUAGUUUUUUUUCUCACUUCACUCGUCUCUCUCCUUGUCCUCCUCUAUAAAUACAGAACCAAAACAUACCUCAGAAGAAUGUGUGAAUAAUCAAGAGAGAGAAACACAGAGAGAGAGAGACAUGGAUGAUAGGACCCCUGGUUUUAGGUUCUACCCAACAGAAGAAGAGUUAGUUUCAUUCUAUCUGCACAACAAGCUUGAAGGAACUAGACAAGACCUCGACCGGGCUAUACCUAUGGUUGACAUUUAUGAAUACAAUCCAUGGGACCUCCCAAAGUUUGCAGGAGAGUUAUGUCAAGGGGAUCCUGAGCAGUGGUUUUUCUUCAUUCCUAGGCAAGAGAGAGAAGCCCAUGGAGCAAAACCUAACAGGCUCACGACUAAAGGAUAUUGGAAAGCCACUGGAUCUCCAGGUUCUGUUUACUCGAAUAACCGAAUAAUUGGAGUGAAGAGAACCAUGGUUUUCUACAGGGGAAGAGCUCCCGGAGGAAGAAAGACUGAGUGGAAGAUGAAUGAGUACAAAGCCAUUGCAGGAGAAGCUUCUUUGUCAGCAAGUGCAACUCCAAAGUUAAGGCAAGAGUUCAAUUUGUGUCGAAUUUACUUAAAAUCGACAAUCUUGCGAGCAUUUGACAGACGACCUUCAGGAGUGAUGAUGAUUACGGGCGAAGCAAUCGUUUGCCAACCUCAUCAACUUAACGAGACAAGUACAUCUCAUCAAAGGCCUCCAAUGACGGUGAUCAGAACAAGUUCACCAAAAAACACAUCCACAGGAGACAAUGUCAAUCCCCCUCCUCAAGUUGUGGAAAAUGAUAUCUGGGACUUGGAUGUGCCUGUUGAUAAUAAUUUUUGGUUGGACUGGGGAUGAUUUGAAUUGGUUUUAAUGGAAUUGGAACUAUUUGAGAGGAUUUGGAGCUCAAAUCAGCAACCAACAAUGGUGAAACUAUAUUUCAGCAAGUAGAAACUGCAAAUUUCAUUAAUUAACUAAGACUUCAUGCAACUUACUAACAGGAAGCGAAUAUAAUAUUGGGCAUAUUGCAGUCGUGGGGUUAAGCAUUAUUGAAUCAGAUGUAGUUCAGUUGAUCCAGUCAACUACUUUGAAUCAGGAGUCAACUGCACUGGAUAAGGAAGAGCAACUUCAACUUAGGCCUGCUCAAUUGUCUAACAAAAACUAGCUGUUAUAUUUGAAGACUCAUUCCCUAUAAUAGAUAAGAGUAAAUAUAGUAGAUUAGUUAGAUUACACUUCUAUAUAAAGUGUAUAUGUGGUGUACUUCAAGUUAUGCAAUGGAACAAUAAUUUUCAAAUCAUCUCUGCUUAGAAUUCUUUACA